UGGUGUUUGCAGUAUUGGCCGCGCUUGCAUUCAGCGCAUCCCAUUAUGGACAUUUUCAAGAAAACCGCGCCGCAGUCAGAGCAAAAAGGCAGGUUUGGGGCUCCACAACUGAGACCGCUGGAUCGUCUAAUGACUACAUAAACUAUCCAGAAAAACAAAAUCAAAAUCAACAAUUACAAUAUUUUAAGCAAGAUCAACCAAAUGUAUCAUACAUUUAUUAUACACGGCAAAAUAAUAAUGAUUACUACAAGCCCCCUCCACCACCUGGGGGUGGUGGGCCACCACGUCAUUGGGAAGAAUAUUACUAUCCCUACAACAGACCUCCUCCACCGCCGCCGCCACACGAUGAAAGGCAACCCCGACAUCCUGAUGAGUUCGGUCCACCUCACCAUAGACCUCCGCCUCCACCUCAUCAUGGUCCUCCACCUCCGCCACACCAUGGACCUCCUCCUCCACCGCCGCCUCCACACGAUGAAAGCCAACCCCGACAUCCUGAUGAGUUCGGUCCACCUCACCAUAGACCUCCUCCACCUCAUCAUGGUCCUCCACCUCCGCCACACCAUGGACCUCCUCCUCCACCGCCGCCUUCACCCGAUGAAAGGCAACCCCGAUAUCCUGAUGAGUUCGGUCCACCUCACCAUAGAGGUGGAGGCGGACCUCACCAUCGUCCACCGCCUCCACCGCACCAUGGUCCACCACCACCGCACCAUUGGCCUCCACCUCACCAUGGUCCACCGCCCCCACCGCACCAUGGACCACCACCCCCACCGCACCAUGGACCACCGCCUCGAUGGCACGAUUGGCCUCCGCCUCCAUCACACCAUGGACCUCCAUCUGAUGACCGGUCUCCACCUCCUCGGUCUUAUAACAAUAAUAACUCUGAAUAUGGCAACGAAGCCUAUCGACAACCUCAUGGUCAUAGUCCACCUGACACUUAUGACCCUGCACCCCAAAAUCGUGGGCCUCCACAGAAUGGCCAAGGACCACCUAGUGCAAACGGGCAACCCAGUGAAUAUGGGCCACACGGUAAUAACGGGGUGCAACCUGGUAUUACACCAAGUAUUUCAUCCGCCCAGAAUACUGAAUAUGAACAGAUUCUUCAAAACCUUAAACUUAUUUUCAAGGAAGGGUUUUAUAAUACUGCACCGAAUGAUCAGACUCAAAAUGACUCAUCAGAUGUCAAAAUGACCGAAGUAUUAAGGACAGAGAAGCCUAUACGCAAAGGAGGGCAGCCUCUUAGUAAUAUCGAUGCAAAUACAAGCGAUUCAGCAACUAUCACUCCAUCGCCUCAAAAUUUAAAUUAUUUCCAAGUAGUACCUGUGACACCAGAAUGUUAGUUCGGUUGUAUUUUUUAGAUAGUAUUCGUAUUAU